UUCUACUCAUUAUGAUAGAGAAUAGAGAGGGAGAAAAAAGAAGAGGAAGAUAAGAAUUGCUCCAAUUUCAUUAUCCAAUCAAUUUCUAGAUUUCUAUUCAAAAAAGCCCAUUUGUCUAUUUUCAGAUUCUUCUUCUCUGAUCAAUUAUUCUACCAGCCAACUUUCUCUUCAAAAAUCCCCUUUUAGACUUUUGUUUGAUUUUCCACAAACACAAUCAUUCCAAAAAUUCUACUUCUUAUUCCUUUUGAAUAAAGUGCAGCUACUUUUUCACCUAAUCCAUUCAGCUUUUAAUACAGUGACAAAACCAUUAUUGUCAUGGAUCUGGCUAGUCUGUGUUUUCUGUAAACUCUUGAUCGCUACAGAAAAAUGGCCUCUGAAAAACCCAGUUCCAAAGGCCAAGCAUGGUUUUGCACUACAAGUUUGCCGAGUGAUGUUAUAAUCGAAGUUGAUGGCAUGACUUUUCAUCUCCACAAGUUUCCUUUGAUGACAAAAAGUAGAAAGCUUCACGAGCUGAUAACAGGACAAGAGAUGAACCCAAAAAUCAGAAGCACUGGAAUCCAAAACGCUUCUGUAAAAAAACAGAAAGAUGGCCAGAAAGAUACCCGAGAAGAAGAAGAAGAUGAUGACUAUCACAUCACACUCCCAGUGUUCCCGGGCGGCUCUGAAUCCUUCGAAACCGCCGCAAAAUUCUGUUACGGCCUAAAAAUUGUUCUGUCAGCCUCCAAUGCCGGCGCUCUUCGCUGCGCCGGAGAAUACUUAGAAAUGACAGAAGAGUAUUCUGAGGACAACCUGAUUUCCAAAACUGAGAGAUUUCUUACUCAAUUUGUGUUCAAAAACAUCAAAAAUUCUGUCAUUACCUUAAAAACCUGUGAAAAGCUAAUGCCUUUAGCUGUAAAUCUUAGCAUUGUCGAGAGAUGCAUUGAUGCGAUUUCUUCUAGAGCUGCAUCCUCAGAUACAUCGCUAUUCGGAUGGCCUGUGAAUGGUCGAAUUGAAGAAAAUCUGAAGAGUAGAAGUACCAGUGGAAAGGAUUCUUGGUUCGAUGAGCUCGGGCUAUUGAGUUUACCCUUUUUCAAACGAUUGAUUUUUGUGAUGAAAUCUUCGAAUUUGAACUCGGAAAUCAUUGAUUCCUGUUUGAUUUCCUACGCAAAGAAGUACAUUCCUGGAAUUUCACGUACAAACUGGAAGCCAUCAGCAUCUCCAUCCAAUGCUGUGUCCGAGGAUGAGCAGAGGGAGAUUCUGGAGACAAUAAUUUCCAAUUUUCCAUUACAGAAAAGCCCAACAUCAUCUUCAGCUACGACUCGAUUUUUAUUUAGAUUACUACGAACUGUGAAUAUAUUGAAGGCUUCAGAUUCUUGUCGAACAGCAUUGGAGAAGAAAAUUGGAUGGCAAUUGGAAGAAGCAACUUUGGAUGAUCUUCUCAUUCCAAGUUAUUCAUACUUAAAUGAAACAUUAUAUGAUGUUGAUUGUGUUGAGAGAAUUUUAGGACACUUUCUACAAGGAUUAGAAAAGAGAUCCUUAAACAGAAUUGAAGUGGAAGACGAGGAUAGUAACUUUCGAUCAGCAGCAUUAAUGCUGGUUGCUAAAUUGAUUGAUGGGUACUUGUCAGAAAUUGCUUCUGAUGUCCAUUUGCAGCCGGAAAAAUUCUACCAGCUGGCUGUUUCCCUGCCGGAGCAUGCCAGACUCUUCGACGAUGGUCUUUAUAGGGCCGUUGAUGUUUACCUUAAGGCGCAUCCAUUGACAAUGGAGACAGAAAGGGAAAAAAUAUGUGGAAUUUUGGAUUGCCGGAAGCUGACAUUAGAGGCAUGCACUCAUGCCGCCCAAAACGAGCGGCUGCCGCUUAGAGCAGUGGUUCAGGUACUCUUUUUUGAGCAGCUUCAGCUGCGGCAUGCCAUCGCCGGCACUCAUCUAGCUGCUGAAGCCGGUCCUAUGGGAGGAGGAGAGGACGACGACGAGUUGAUUGCAGUGGACCAUGAGCAGGAGGGGAGCAGCAGGCCGUGGAGAGCGGUGGUGCGGGAGAAUCAGGAGCUGAAGCAGGACAUGGAUAGCAUGAGGACGCGAGUGCACCAACUGGAGAGAGAGUGCUCCGCCAUGAGAAAGGCAAUUGAUAAGAUGGGUCCGCCUGCGACGUUGGAGAGAGACGGGCGGAGGACGUCGCUGAAGAAAAUAUUUGGGUGUAAAUUCAACAGUCAAGUAUGCUAUUCCCAUGAGCCGGCGGCGGCGGAGGGCAGAGAAGGCCGUAGUCACCGCCGUGAUAAAUAAUCCAAACCAAAUUAAUUUGGUUGCUAUUGUUACAUCUAUUUUGGUUGUCGUUAAGACACUUGUGAAAUAAUUAAUGUAGCGUCAUUUAUGGGAAUAUAUUAAUUAUGAAUUUUUAAUUGAAACA